GACUUUAGUCGCGCAGGAAAUGCCCCGGUUAAGAAGAUAGUGUAACAUAGUGCAUAGCCGAACGCGGGUGAUAAAGGACUAUCGUGUCACGCAGAGAAUGAAUACAGUUCUCACGCUGCUUGUUGUUCUCUACUGGACGACAACCAAUUGCCAGGUCAGAGCCUCCAAUUGCGUAACCGAUUGUGCGUGGACAGCGCCCAGCGCUUGCAACAAUUCGGAAUCUUACUGCCCAGAUGGAAAUGACUGUUUGGUUGUGACUAAAUCCAUCAACUCAUCAUAUGGGCUGGAGUUAUCCGCCAGCUUCAAUCGACAAUUCCAGUGUCGAAGUCUCUUGGCCGAGACGGACGACAGCCAUCCUUACGAAUAUGAAAACUCCUGGAACUGUGAGUUGCACAAUCCUGUGAACGCAUUUGUGACGAUUCCGCUCCUGGGCAACAGCACCGAAUCGUUAAGUAUUUUUUAUGCCGAGAUGUGGAGCUGCCCCAUUGGCGACAAUGCUGUCAUCCAAUGCCCUUCGGGAAGAUCGAAAAUUGGCAUGGAAUAUGGAUGCCAGAAUGUCGCUCAGCUGCUCCCAAAUGUUUUCGCUCUCGUACGAUUCUGGUGUCAGUUUAAAACUUCAGAUUGCCAAUUUGAUUCGUCUCUCAUCAUGUCCCACGUUGGUCAAUCAAACGUGACUCUUGCGCUACCUAAGCACUACGUCUUUGAAUAUGAAAGUGUAGCGAUCGACAGCGAAGCCUUCGCGUGUGACCGUUCUUUUCAAUCGGUUUUCGAACACGAUUCUUGUUACAGGCUGACACCAGUAAACCUCGAAUGGAAAGAGGCGCGGUCGUAUUGUCUUCAGCUUGGCGGUGAUUUGGCUCAUUUUACGAGCUCUAUCGACUUUGCAUCCAUCUUGCGUAGCUUGGACAAUUCUAUUCCGUCGGAAAUCACAGCCUCCUCAGCUAUUCCUACCUGGUUCAAAUUUUAUACCUGGGACAACGAACAGCGAACACCGCAGCAUUUUAGACAGUACCUGGACGGAUUUCAAUGCGCCGUGUACGAGGUCCAGCCUGGCGUUGGGCCUAAUCCGCAUUCGAGAUGCAAAACCGGUACAAAAACGAAGAAAGUUCGUGGACUGUGUGUUCUACCUCCAGGGCUGAUAGAAGAUAAUUUCAAUUAUGAACCGAUUUCCUGCCCGAUUAAAUGCGGUGUCUCUGGAUAUCCAUCAAACGUCUGCUGGGAAGGAGAUGCCGAUACAAAAGUGUAUCAGGAUUGUCCCAACGGGUUAACAGGGAACGCUAGCUGGACGUGUAAUCUUGCUGGUCAGUGGAUGACUCCAACUCCUGAUCUAAGCAAUUGCACAAAUUCUGUGAUUGAAGAAUCCAUCAGUCAAGCAAACAAAGAGAUGGAAAACGGUGGAGAUCCUAGCCAAGCAUUGGGUACCCUCUCUAGUGUACUUAAGCAAAACGAGUUAGCUUCGGGCGACAUUAUUCAACUGGACCAGACGGUCCGUUUAGCUAUCGACAAACAAACCCAACUCUUGGCUGCCAAUUCAGAUCCGAAUUCGAAAGAUAGCAUUAGCAAAAAUUUUACCAGUUCCGUUACUGACGUCAAUAAUGUGUUGCUGGGAAAUGAAUUGGCAUUCUGGGGUUUGGAAUCAAAUGCCCGUAGCGAGGCUAUCGAUCAAGUACAAAAGAACAUGGACGACACGUUAUUCCUCUUGGCUAGCAAUCUUCUUGAAAAAAUAUACAAAAAUAAUGAUUAUGAAAAUAUCGCCGUACAGGUGGAAAACAAACCGAAAUCGGACUACAACAACGAAACGUAUGUUUACGUAUCAGGAUUUAAAGACCAAUUGAUCCUUCCGGCAGGAUUUCCUUAUGCGACCAACGAUCCAAAAACUCGUCUUUCUUUCACAACGUAUCCCGCAUUUCAAAAUCUUCUCUAUGGCGACACAUUGGCCCAAUUGUUUGAGGAGAAUCGAACCAACUCUGACCCAAUAAAGCAAGUCGUGGUAUCGAAGGUGAUGGGUGCUACACUGGGCGAACCGAACGGACAUAUCCACUUCGUCGACGGCAAAGUCGAAAUUUUGCUCAGCACACUAAAUCUCAAUCUCUAUGAAGUCGAUCGGACAAGCGCAAGGUGUGCCUAUUGGAACGUUUCAACGCAAGAUUGGUCCUUUGAUGGAUGCGAAGUGGUAGAAACUAAUGACAAAUCGAGCACUCGGUGCAGAUGUAACCAUUUGACAAACUUUGCUGUGGUCAUGGACAUCAACGGCGUCUUUCGAAACAAGACUGUACCUGCCUUAGAUUACAUCACCAUUAUUGGUGAAAGCAUUUCCAUUGCUUGUCUGACAUUGGCUCUGAUCAUAUUCUACUGGGUGCGAACCCUACGCCGAGAUUUCCGUUUCAUGAUUCAUCGGAACUUGUGCAUUAACCUGUUGAUUGCCGAGAUUCUCCUGCUGGCUGGGAUUGACGCUACAUCCAAUCGGGAUGUCUGUUUAUCCAUCGGCGUUUUCCUGCAUCUAUUUUUCUUGUGCGCUUUCAGCUGGAUGUUUAUCGAGGGCCUCUACAUGUACUUUCUUAUCACCAAGGUUUUUGACGGAAGCGGUUUAAAACGUUGGCAAUAUUACGCCAUCGGCUAUGGAUUUCCCGUCUUAGUAGUGGCAAUCACUCUGGCAGCAACUAAUACCCAGGCUUACUCCAAUUCCACUUAUUGCUGGCUUAGUUAUGAAAACGGAGCGAUAUGGGCCUUUGCGGGACCAGUGGCUGCUAUUUUGUUGAUGAAUCUAGCCUUCUUGACGAUAGCUCUCUCUGUCAGUUUUAAAUCAAGACGUAACUUUGACGAAAAGAAAGAGAAGAAGCAUAAUUUUCGAUGGAUUUUCGGCACCAUCUCGUUGACUUUUAUUCUGGGCAUUACUUGGUUCUUUGGCUUUUUGUUCUUUGGCCAAAGUAGCAUGAUAUUUGCCUACAUCUUCACCGUCUUGAAUUCUCUGCAAGGAUUGUUCAUCUUCAUCACGUUCUGUGUCCUCAACAAAAAAGUCCGCAAAGAUUUACAGAGACAAUUCGUCACUAGCCAGAGACUCCAACGAGUGGCGCUUUACUUUAACGUUACCUUAAGCGACUUGCACACCAUUCCAUCACAGAACAAAACGGGCACAUACGACGUACGCCAGAGAAACACAGUUACAGCGACGGUCAGCCUUGAAUCUAGUCCGUUUUCGCACAGACUGUCAUAAGGUCGGUAUUGAUGCUGCUAUGUUUUCCCAUGUGCUGCUCAGUCAUUCAGUAUCUGAAGCGCAUUGUCCAUUUACACAGGAUUUUCAUCAUAAUUUUUUUUUUACCUUUUCAUGUGUAUGUCAUUUCCAAGAAUAUGUGUGUAUUACGUAUUCCUAAUUUCCUAUGUUGUUUGUAAUGCUUUAAAUCUCUUCCACAAUCCGCUCUGCUUGUACCGCAUUUUUUGCAAUUAAAUGAACCAAAGCGAAGACCUUUUUUUUGCUUUAAAAUUAAAA